AACCCACUCUCCCAAUUCAGUUCUCUGCAACUCGUUUAUUAUUAUUAUUUUUUUCCUUUCCCUUUUCUUCUCAUUUCAUCUGAAAAGCUAGGGUUUUGGAAAUACGCCGGAAUUUCGGUGUAAAUCCCUCUCCAUAUGAUAAGCAUGGAACACCAGCAGGCAUGGAGGUUGAGAUUCUCCUUCAGGAACGCUACAAUCCUUGUCUGUUUCUUCAAUCUCGUCGCCGUCCUCCUCCUCCUCCAAGGAUUCAUCAGCGUUUCCAACAGGAGAAUUUCUAGAAACCAGCCCGAUCCAGGCCAACUGAGGUAUGUCAUGGAGGCUGAAGAAUUGCGCCGUGCGAUGGAGCCAUUGGAACUGAUCAAAAGAGUAAAGGAAAUUCAGCAAGAAGCAUACACAGAACCAGAGACAAUAGUGCAACAAAAAUCUUCGAAACAGACCGCUGCAGUUGAUCUUUCAAAGAGGCUGCAGGAUUUUCGUGCUAUGAAUGAUGCUAACAGCAAAAAAGCUCUUGAAGAAUGGCGUAAACGGAAGAUGGAUCGAGCAAGGCAACGUGAAAUUGAGAAAAAUGGAACAGUCAGCACCGCCCAAACCUGAUAUCCGUUGCCUGUUUCAAGUUUGACCCAGUGGGUGCUUGUUAUUCAUCUCAUUUAUUAUUGUAUAUUUCCAUCCAUUGUCGAACUGCGAAGACUGAAAUAUCUAUUUAGGGCCUGUUUGGUAGAGAUGCCUAAAAGUAAGUUCAUCUCGUUUUAGUUAAUCGCAAAUACAACUUUUUUUUUCUUCUUGCAAGGAUUAAAAAAUAAUCAUGACAACCAAAAUCGUGAUUUUUAAUGCAUAAUUAUGAUUAAUUAAAAUGAGAUGAACUCAUUUUUAAGUGUGCAAGUGUGUCUGUAAAAAAAAAAAGAAAAAAGAAGUCAGUUUUAAGUGGCACCUGAACUGGCUCUUAGAACCUUGAUCCUUUUUAGGGGUUUGAUGACCACCCUUUGCGCUUAGACACUGUAGUUUGAGUCCUCUAUGCAUUAUAUUAGUCUGUUGUUAAUUUUGUAAUUUCAACUUAUAAAGAGUUUAUGCAUUUCAGCCUACACUGU